GGUGUAAACAAGGACAAUAUCCGAGCUGGAUGUAAAAAGUGUGGAUAUCCUGGCCACCUCACAUUUGAGUGUAGAAACUUCCUUAGAGUGGACCCACAGCGAGAUAUUGUGUUAGAUGUGAGCAGCACAAGCAGUGAGGACUCUGAUGAGGAGGACGAGAUUCCAGCCCAGCCAGCACUUUCUGCAGAUAAGAAAAAGGAGGGAGAAGUGAGUAAGAAGAAGCUGAAAAAAAAAAAAAAGGAGAAAACGAAAUCUAAGAAGCCAAAGAAAAGACUCCCUUGGGGAGUAUUCAUUUGCAGCCAUCGCUGGGUAAGGAACGUAUGUGGUCCCCAAGGAGCAGUCCACAGGCCACCUACCGAGGGAUCACACAGUAACUUACAGGAGCUCUUGAGGGAGGCUAGCACACUAUCUUAUCCUGACCGGCUGAUGUCUCCAAGGGGAAUAUAUAAUUACUAA